UACAUGGCGUCCAAUCAUCCAAUGAAAGCGGGAUAGUAUUGUUAAAUAUUGCUCUGCCUUUGUCAAUCGUUGAAUUUCACGUCCAAUUUUUCUCAUGAGAAGCAUCAUCAAACCUGACUCGCUUCUUCACCACCGCACAUCUUCGCGAUUUCGCACGGAGAACUGCACCGGAAUCAGAGAUGGCAUUUUACGAUGAAGGCGCAACAGAAAGCUCGUUCAUUCCCCGGCCGCUCGGACCGCGAAGACCAAGACCUGUGACGGACUACGGCUCGUCGCUAGUACAAUGGAUGCGUGUGCGCCAACCGAAAUACAAAGGAGGCCAUCGGUUAGAAUGGGAGCGACCGAGCGCGAGUUAUACAGUGGAUAUGCUCCCUCCUUUUGCCGCUAUUCAUUCUCCUGCAGACACAAUUCCUGUACGGCACCUACAUCAGUCGAUCGGGAAGUCGAAGAAGCCAAUUACGGUCGUGAGAUGGACACCUGAGGGUCGACGAUUAUUGACUGGUGGACAUACCGGAGAAUUCAUGCUAUGGAACGGUACAGCUUUCAAUUUUGAAACAGUGAUGGACGCCCAUUACGAUCAAUACCAAGCGGGAGUCACGUCGGCGGAAUGGUCACAUAGUCAUGAAUGGCUGAUAUCUGGUGGUCAAAAGGGCGACGUUAAAUAUUGGCGACCAAAUUUUAACAACGUUGAGACCGUAGAUGAUGCUCACCACGAUGCCGUCCGGGACUUGGCAUGGUGUCCUAAUGAUACGAGGUUUCUUUCCGCCUCUGACGACACGACAUUGAAGAUCUUCGACUUUAACGCAAGGGCCUGCGAACUGGUAUUAGCAGGUCAUGGGUGGGAUGUCAAAUCCUGCGAUUGGCAUCCCACUAAAGGACUUCUCGUCUCGGGCUCGAAAGACCACCAGGUCAAGUUCUGGGACCCCAGGACAGGAAGAUGUCUCACUACUCUCCAUAGUCACAAAAAUACAGUGACAACUACGAAAUUUUCUCGAGUAAACAAUAAUCUCCUCGCCACGUCUUCGCGAGAUCAGACCGGACGCAUUUUUGAUCUGCGAAUGAUGCGAGAUAUCUGCAUUCUCCGAGGCCACGAGAAACCCAUUUCUUCCCUGACCUGGCACCCUAUUCACAGUACCCUUGUAUCAACGGGAAGUGAGGACGGAUCUUUAUAUCACUACCUAUUGGAUGAGCCCAAUUUGCCAGCCGGACAGGUUCCCACCGUUGCACCAUACGAUACUACCGAUCCCAGCAACACUCCUGCCCAAGUGAUAUUCCCGGCCCAUCGCAUACAGUUUGCCCACAGUUCUACCAUCUGGUCACUCGAUUGGCAUCCUCUAGGCCACAUCUUGGCAUCUGGGUCCAAGGAUAACUUUACCCGGUUUUGGUCUAGGACUCGGCCUGGCGAGACUACCUAUCUGAAAGACAGAUUUCACAUUGGCGAAGAAGCGGCCGAAGCUCAAGGGACAUGGAAUCGUGGAUUCGGUCGUCGGCAGAUGCGAGAAGAAGAGGAGCAAGAAAUUCAGGAUGAGGCUGAGGGUUUGGUGGAUCAAAAACGACCUGAAUCGCUGUUACCCGGUAUUCAGGGUAUGCCGCCUCCAGAUGGUCCCGGUCUACCGGGCUUGAUUCCUGGAAUUGGUGCUGUACAUCCACCACCACCGCCGCUUCCCGUCGAUAUACCUUCAUCCAUGCCUCAUAUCGACCCCGGUCGCCUUGCUGCUCUGCUGUCUUCCGGCGCAAUACCCCAUCCUCCGCCACCUCAGCAUCUCCUUCCUCCUCAAAACCCGGGCCAGAUGCCCUUCCCCAUUCCGGGUAUAUCUGGACCAUUCCCGCCUAAUCCUGACUUUCCACAGUUCCCGAACCAAAUGUUUCCGCCACAGCCUGCGCAUCAACAACCAAAAUAGCAACAUCAUUUUGGUAGCGAAUUGAUCGGCCCAAGUGUGAGACUGCAUAGACUGCAUAGACCUGAAAUACAAUGCAUGGGAUCCUAAAGAUCAAUCUCAUUUAUGCCGAUAUAUUUUGAAAAUCGCACGUCGGGGCUAUGUGGAGGCGUUCAAGUGAUACGGUGCUGCAUUCGUGUAAAAUAUGCGGAGUUGGUUUCUGAGAAGGCCGGGUUUGGGGCUGGCGCAUGUAUGUUACGAUACCAAAGUAUCUUGAGCAUUCAUAAUCACAUCUUUGU